AUGCCAUGUAUAGAAUUCACAAUAAACGGAAAAAUAUGCCGCGUGGACAGUACCAUUCCCCGGUACACGACACUCAAUGCAUACAUACGCUAUUACCUGGGUUUGCCCGGUACCAAAGCGAUGUGUCACCAAGGCGUGUGUGGGGCUUGCAUAGUGAUGGUCCACGCCUUCAGGGCCACUUCUGGGAAAUAUGAAACCUUUUCUGUUAAUUCUUGCCUGGUGCUCGCAUUAUCAUGUCACGGGUGGGAGAUUACCACGAUCGAGGAGAUUGGAAACCGACGCAAAGGAUAUGAUACUGUCCAAAAACGACUUGCAAAAAAUUAUGGCACCCAGUGUGGGUAUUGCUCCCCUGGGUUUGUCAUGCAUUUACAUAGUCUCCUACCCAAGAAGCUCGAAAUGAAAGAACUAGAAAACUCGUUCGGUAGUAACACUUGCCGAUGUACUGGUUAUCGUCCAAUUAUGGAUACAAUUAAAUCGUUCGGAUCAGAUGCCCCUAAGAUCCAAGAUAUUGAGGAGCUUAGCAUUUGUGAGAACAAAUGCGAUAGAAAAUGCUCUAUAAGCAGUGAAUGGAGUGUUCUCGAAGACAAUGGCGAAAUUAUUGAAAUCGAUUGUGGAAGUGAGAAGUUUUAUAAAGUAUGGACAGUUGAACAAAUAUUUGAGGUUAUCCGAGGGCCUUGUGAAUAUAGAUUCGUGGAUGGGAACACUGCUCAAGGUAUUUUACCAAGUUUAAGCGACUACCCUCCGGUAGUAAUUGACAUAAGCGAAGUUACCUCAUUAAAAAAAUAUUAUUUCGACCAAAACUUGGUUCUUGGUGGAAAUAUUUCGAUCGAGGAUUGCAUUACAAUAUUCAAAAAGGAGGGUAAUGAAAGAGAGGAAUUUUCAUAUUUGCUCGAAUUCGUUAAACAUUUGGAUGUUGUUGCUCAUAUACCGGUUAGAAAGAUUGCCUCAGUGGCCGGCAACUUCAUGAUAAAACAUAUAAAAAGACAUUAUCAAUCAGAUCUUUACCUGCUUUUUGAAUGUGUAGGCGCAGUUGUGACUAUAAAGUCCGAACAUUCUGAACUAACAUUGACUCUCUCAGAAUUUUUGAAUAAGGACAUGAAAGGAUUUUUGAUUAUAAACUUCAAACUUCCACCAUUGAGCAGUGCUCACGUUGUGCGGACUUAUAAGAUUACACCAAGAAACCAAAAUGCCCUUGCAAUUGUGAACGCUGCAUUCAAUUUCAAAAUCAACCAUGACACCUUAGCAAUCGAAGACGCCACUAUCGUUUACGGUAAUAUUACCGAAAAGUUUGUUCACGCAUUCCGAUGCGAGAAAUACUUGGAAGGACGCAACAUGUUCAGCAAUGGCUCAUUACAAAGUGCCAUACAAAUUUUGAACCAGGAGAUAAAGCCAGACAAAGUGCCGCCAGAAUUAUCUCCUAUGACCAGAAAAAAAAUAGCUAUUGGCGUAUUUUAUAAGUUCGUCCUCAGUAUAUGUCCGCCCGAACUUUACCCGUACUUUUAUGCAUCUGGGGCCACAAAUAUUACGCGGCCAUUAUCAUCUGGAAAACAACUUUACCCAACUAGUCGGGACCUAUACCCAGUUACGGAACCGGUACAAAAGUUGGAAGCGAUUAUACAGACUUCAGGCGAAGCGGCCUAUGUUAAUGAUAUGCCGCUUGGAUUGAACGAUGUGUUCGCGGCUUUCGUUUUGUCGACGGUUCAUGGGGGAAGUGUUGAUAGUAUCAAUUAUGAUAUUCUGGAAACCCCCGGCGUUAUAGCCCUUUUAACAGCCAAAGAUAUUCCCGGGAAAAAUUCCUUCGGCUUCCCCGGGAUACCUCUACAAGAAGUGGAUGAAUACAUCCUUGGAACUGAUGAUAUUCAAUAUUGUGGCCAACCUAUAGCAAUCAUAGUGGCGGCAUCCGAGUACCUAGCGGUCAAAAUGGCUGAGAAAGUCGAGGUUAAGUAUAAAAAUGUCCCGAAAACACCAGCCGUGAUCACCAUUGAUCAGGCGAAGGAAAUAAAAUCGCGGUAUAAAGAGGGGACAGCCGAUGCUGAGAAGAUCGUGCCAAAAGGCAGAGGAGAAAAUGUCAAAAAAGUUAUUAAAGGUAAAUACUACAUUGGUGCUCAAUACCACUACUAUUUGGAACCACAGACAUCCAUCGUGGUACCGGUCGACAAAGGUUUUGAAGUACACAGUGCUACACAGUGGAUCGAUUUAACGCAGAUCUGUGUCGCACGCUGUUUGGGAAUUAAGGAAAGCGACGUUUUAGUUAUAGUUCGUCGCUUAGGCGGAGGUUUUGGAGGCAAAUUGAGCAGGUCAGUUCAGAUGGCAGCUGCUGGCGCGGUCGUCGCUAAGAAUUUGAAUCGGCCCUGUCGGUUCAUAUUGCCCUUUAGUACCAACCUCGCUAGUAUUGGGAGAAGGCCACCAGUUCAGUGUACCUAUGAGGUAGGUGUAGACGAAGUCGGUAAAAUUCAAUAUCUCGACGCUACCAUAAUCCAAGAUUAUGGAUGCACGAGAAAUGAAAACACUUUAAGUUACGCAGCGGGCGGAUUUCCUAAUUGCUAUAAUACUGAUUACUACAAUCUCAAAACAGCUUAUGUCAUCACUGAUCUACCUUCAAAUACCUUUGCUAGAGGACCUGGCACGUUAGAGGGCAUUGCCUGUAUCGAAAAUAUAAUGGAACACAUCGCACAAGAACUAGAACUGGACGCGACAGCCGUCCGUUUAGUUAACAUGAGAAAAGACGACAACGAUAUACCAGAACUCAUAAACGAGCUAAAAAAAGACUCGGACUACGAGGAGCGAAAUUCCAAAAUUAUUCAAUACAACAAAGACAAUCGCUGGAUGAAGAAAUCGAUACAUAUAGCCGUGAUGCUCUUCCCAGUUAUAUACUACGGGAAUUAUUCAGCCAUUGUCUCAAUUUAUAGAGGUGACGGGACAGUGACAGUCACCACGGGUGGUAUUGAGAUGGGCCAAGGCGUAAACACAAAAGCGGCUCAAGUGUGCGCGUACAAAUUGGGAAUUCCAGUGGAUAUGGUAUCAGUUCUGCCAAAUUACUCGUUCGCGUGUGCCAAUGGCGUGUUUUCCGGCUCCAGUAUUGUUAGCGAAAGUGUUUGUUUCGCGAUAAUAAAAGCGUGUGACGAGAUUCUGGGUCGAAUACAGUCUUUGAGGAAAUCAAAUCCAACAUGGCUGCAGCUAGUUCAAGCAGCGGCUGAUCAGCAGAUUGACUUGUGUGCGGAGUUCAUGAUGAACGAUAAGGAACCGACGUUGGCGGGGUAUAGCGCGUUCAGUGUUGCCAUUUGUGAGACGACAUUGGAUGUACUGACGGGGAGAUUCCAAAUUGAUAGAGUUGAUAUUUUGGAAGAUGCCGGGACGAGUACGAAUCCAACUGUGGAUAUUGGCCAAGUGGAAGGCGCCUACGUACAAGGCCUUAGUUACCACACAAUGGAACACUUUAUGUACAAUACUUAUGGUAAACUCCUGAACGACAGAGCUUUGAAUUACGAAGUAUAUCUGGCAAAGGACAUUCCCGUAGACUUCAGGGUUAAGCUACGCUUCAAUUCGAAGAAUCCUAAAGGCGUUUUGGGAUCAAAAACUGUUGGGGAAAUGGGAAUAUGUGUGGCGUAUGGCAUUACUUAUGGAUUGAGGAAAUGUAUCAAUGAAUCAAGAAAAGAAUCUGGAUAUCCUGCUAAGUGGUUCGAUUUUGAAUUUCCACGGAACACAGAGUCGAUAUUGGAGGCGUUAGAUGUGCAUCUUAAUGAACUUGUUUUAACCAAAUGA